AUGACGGGCCCAGUAUUUCAUACUUAUGGCACAGGCUGCCUGCUAGCAGAUGAGGAACCGGAGCUUUCAAGUCUGUAUGAGCUCGACACGCCGCCAAACAUUCGCUCCCAGUUCUUCUACGUCUCAUCCCUGCCGAUAGACGAUCCACUAGCUCCGCUCCCGCCACUGUCGAGCGGUCAAGCUCCAGAGGAUGAUCGAAGCCCUCCCAAGCCUUUCUCAGCCAGGGACAAUAUCGCCUUGGAACAAACCUGGCGCGAGCUCGGAAAGGCCCGAGAGGCUCGAGAAGCUCGAGAGGCUCAGUCCACGCAAAGAGGGGGCUCGAGGUCAGCCGAGCCGCAAGUAGUUUCUUCUGGAAUCGCGGUCCCAUGUCGAAAUGGGCUUGACAGAUUUCCCCAGGUGGCGGCUAAGGGGGACGCCAGCUUGUCAAGCACUUUGAGCACGCACGAGGAGCAGGCAUCGCUUCCUUACAGACCAGCUCACAAAGGGACAACGGGCCAACCUAGUCACCUUGGAGUAAGCUUCGAUGCUUCACCUGAGAACCAUAUUGAACGACGUACAGCGGUGCCCUCUACAAACGACAAGGUGGAGGAAGAAAACCCGACAAGCAGCUCUGGUGGAGCUUAUAGGAAGAGAGAUCGAUCGAGCUCCCUGAAUGAGCCUUCUCCAACGAAGAGAAGAGGCACGCUUUCACUUGAUCAUGACGCAGAUGAUCGAAACGACGAAGCGACGAGCGUCCGGGUAAACCGUUCAAGAGAUGCAAGCAUCAGCGGCUCACCCUUCAUCAGAGCCCCAACACCCCACUCACAUAGCCCUUAUGGCCGCUCGGUUGAGUCCUUGCCACCCAAAGACGGGCCUCAGGAUGGGCGUCCGGAGACACGAGGUCUUGGCACAUCCCAUGGACUAUCCAGGCCGUCGGCCCUCAGAGGGAGUGUGAUGGCAGAGGAAUCGUCCCAAGAAAUUCACCCUGACAAGGAAAUUCCAGAAGAACCCCAAUCCAAGAUACCUGUUGGGGCGUCCCGUCUUCAUCUGGUUGAAUUGCCUAAUUUAAAGAUGAAACCAAUAUAUUGGAGCCCGCUUCAUGAUGUCUCGAGUGUGAUCCGAGCCACUUGGUUCUACAAAAAUACGAUGAUGCCAGUGGAAACUGACCUUGCCAACAAAUUAGAAGAAGGUUACGUGUACCUGAGGCCUUGGACGCAGACAUGGCAAGACGAAUUGAAUAGCUGCGUGGAGAACGGUGCUGAUGCGGAAAUGAAAGUUGUUCAUCAUCUUUGGCCAAAAGAUGAUCUGUCUUCAGCCAGCCGCCCUGGCACUGCCCAGGAACUCAACCAAGCCAGCCGUGAAGACAAUGCGCGCCAAAAUAUUGACACGUUCAAGUUUGAUCCAAACCAUGCCGCAGGAGGAACGGCUAAUCGUGCCGAUGCAGUGAAGCCUUACCUCAAUUCGAGCGCCAUUUACGUGGAUGCUCGGAAUGCCCAGAUUUUGCGCCCUAGUCUCCUGCCAUCAGUUGCAAGAGGGAGACGGCCAUUGAGCGCCAUUCGCAAAGAGCGCCAAAUUGGCAUUCCGGUUAUCCGUGGGUUCAGUCGCAAGAGGUGGGAUCAAUUGCAUCCGUCAAAGGCGAGUCCGGUCGAUGUCCGUCGUUACAUUCGGAAAACACAAGGCCGCAACGCCGCUCCAGCUCCAGGAAUGCCAGUUUGCUAUGCGUGUAAGAUGGAAGAAAUGCGUUCCACGCCAUCAGAUUUGGUCUUCGUCGUUCAUGGCAUCGGCCAGAAGCUGUCUGAAAGAAUGGAGAGUUUCCACUUUACUCACGCCAUCAAUGCCUUCCGUCGCCAGGUGAAUAUGGAACUACACAAUGAACCUGUUUGGCCACACGUGCGGGAGGACCAUGGUGGAAUCAUGGUCCUGCCCGUGAACUGGAGAACGACGCUCUCUUUGGAAGAUCCGUCUCUUGAAAACCCAGAGACAGCCGACCCAGCAUCGAACAAUUAUACCCUCAAUGACAUCACGCCUGAAACCCUUCCGGCUGUUCGCUCUCUGAUUAGUGAUGUCAUGCUAGACAUUCCAUACUAUCUUUCGCAUCACAAGCCAAAAAUGAUUCGUGCCGUUGCUCGAGAGGCCAAUCGCAUCUAUCGCUUGUGGUGUGAGCAUAAUCCCGGCUUCCAGGACAACGGCCGUGUUCAUCUCAUCGCCCAUUCGUUGGGUAGUGUCAUGGCCGUUGAUAUUUUGAGUCAUCAGCCGACUAAAAUUCCACGCUUUGACUUUGCUUCUACGCCUCUGCAUAGCGACAUUCUUGAAUUUGACACGAAGAACUUAUUCCUCUGUGGAAGUCCCGCGGGUUUCUUUUUGCUUCUGAACAAAGCCAGCCUACUUCCCCGCAAGGGUAGAGAUAAGCCUGGAAGUGAAGGCGAGGACCGGCUACGUGGCGUUGCCGGAGAAGCUGGCCAAUAUGGUUGUCUCGCUGUGGACAACAUGUAUAAUAUUAUGCAUACCACGGACCCAAUCGCCUAUCGGGUCAACGCCGCGGUGGACCGCGAUCUUGCUAAUUCACUGAAAGUCGCAUCGAUACCAAGCUCAACCUCGUCUUUUAUACAAUCUUUCGGCAGCGUCUUCCGCUGGGGGUCAACGCCCGGUUACGUAUCCACGGCAUCGGGAACACGUCCGGCUAUUAUUGCAAAACUUCCAUCCACCGUUGAGAUGGAAACGCACGACUUUACUCGCGAGGAAAUUGCAGAGAAGCGGAUGUUGCUUCUCAAUGACAAUGGCCAAAUCGACUAUUUCCUCUCGGGGGGCGGUGGCCCUCUCAGCAUUCAGUACCUGAAUAUGCUUAGUGCCCAUAGCAGUUACUGGAUUCUGCCGGAUUUUGUGCGAUUCUUGGUCGUCGAAAUCGCCCGUAAGCAGGGGCGUGACGGGACUCUUCUCCCUUUCAAGGCUGAGAAGAAAAAAGAAUGGAAAUACUCUAAAGGUUGA